AUAAACUUAACCAGUGUAAGAGGGUCUACAUCAUGACACUGAUGGAUUGUGCGACUUUCGCUGUUUUACCAUCCAUCCAGCCAACCAUCAGCUAAAAUGCCAAUUGAAUGCUACUUUAGAAAGUGUUAGACCACCAAUAUAGCUGGAGCUUUUGAAAGAAAAGAGUGAAGAUAUUCAAGGUCAUGGGGAACUCAGAAAGUGUAUGGUGGUCUUUAGUGGAGGGUGCUUGCAGGAUUCUUGGAGUUUCUACAGCAACAGUUUUGUGUGGUGUGGGGAUUGAAACAGUACACGAGGGAAGAUUCAGCAGCCUUGGAAUCUACCUACUCACGUCUUCUGUUGGCAUCAUGAUGUUUGAGCUGGCUUACUUCCUGGAUUAUAUGCUGUCCAUGUGUCUGCCCUGUCCACCCGACUGGCAGUUUUUUCAGUUGUGGGGAAAGAUGGCUCGCGUCGGAGGUUUCCAUAAAUUCCUCUACUACUCCAUAAUGUCAGUUGUGUGCUUUUUACACCCUGUGUUGGUGUGGCAUGCAACCAUCCCAGGAUCAAUGCUUCUGGUGACAGCCUUUUUCAACUUCAUACUAAGCAAGAAAACAAAGGCUAAGUCCCCGAAAGGUCCACGAGAGAGCAACAGCGAACAAGAGCCAACCACAGUCAGUGUGACAGGAAGAUCAGGCUCAGACAGCACAAUCUCAUUCCUCCAUGCAGUGACAGGACAAAGGCGAGAGGAGCUGCCUGUCUCUGACAAAGCCCGCUGCCUUGGAUUGUUGGAGAGUGGAGAGAGUGUCCAGGCCAUGUUGGAUGAAGAGCAGAGAGCAGAAUCUGAAGGUGCAAACAUGCAGAGGAAAAGGUGGUGGAAAAAGAGGAGGCCAAUAUGGUUGAAAGGGAGGGAGGAGCCUGUGGAGAGGGAGAUGGAGGAGAUGGAGGAGUACAAUGAGCCAGAGCCAGGUAGAAUGGGUGAGAGACAAACCUACGUGAGGCUGAGUGAAGAGAAGCUCAUACCAAAGUCUGACAUACUGUCGCUGCUGAGGACCUACAACUGUUACCACGAAGGAAAGAAUUUCCAGUUGAGGACUCGCGAGGAGGAUGGGGAGCUCAUCCUGGAGGGGCUGCUGAACAUUUACUGGGGUCUACGUCGACCAAUAAGACUUCAGAUGUACGACGACAAUGAGAGAUUUCGCCUUAACAGAUCCUCUGUGUCAAAGCAGUCAUCUUCAGAGUCCAAUAAUAACUCCCUGAGCAGAGAACCUGGAUCAGCAGGCGGUGAUACGGGCGGUCAGGAGGAGGAGGACUCCCCACAGCUGCUGAGGACCAGGAGUGACGCUUCCUUCAUGCGGGUUCAGAGACGGUCAAACACGCGCACGGCCAGGGAUUUGCAGCGCUUGCGCACGCACAGAUUCUCCAUCAAUGGUCACUUCUACAACCACAAGACAUCUGUAUUCACUCCAGCCUAUGGUUCAGUCACUAAUGUUCGGGUGAACAGUUCCAUGACAACUGAACAGGUUCUCAACCUGUUGCUUCACAAAUUUAGGGUGGAGAAUAAAUCUGAAGAAUUUGUCCUUUAUAUGGUACAUGAAACUGGAGAGAGAACCCGACUUAGAAAUGGUGAACACCCCUUGGUGUCUCGUGUACUGUACGGACCCUGUGAGAAAAUUUCCAAGAUCUUCAUCACAGAGGCUGAUCUGGGAGAGGAAGUCACAUAUGAUGUUGCCCAGUACAUUAAAUUUGAGAUCCCUGUUCUAGACAGUUUUGUAGAGAAACUUAAAGAAGAAGAAGAACGUGAGAUAACAAAGCUGACCAAAAAGUACAGUGCACUGAAGUCUAUGAUACAGCAUCAGCUUGAGGGCAGAGGUCACACCGGUGACAGAGUAUGAGUGUUUCUCACUGCAUGUGCUGAGGUGUAUGCUCCUGUAUGGAAGUGCAUGUGUGUGACAGAAGAACCAAUGGAAGGGAGAAGCAACACUAAUAAUGAAACAUUUUUGGUGGAACGUUUGUAAAUAUAUAAGUGCUUCCCUUUUUAAAUGUGCGACUCAUUUCCAAACUCAAUCAUUUGUAACUUCUCUAUUCUUAUUGUAUUAGCACUGGUAUCUGAUCUUAAUAUAUUCACACUUUGUAUGAAAUGUCCUUUUGCACAUAUAAAUAUUUAUACAAAACUCUCUUUUAAGUAUUUUUCUCUGA